AUGGGGGACUUUGCCUCCCCCACUGCUGGAGGAAACGGCGGUCUCUGCAUCAACAACAGCCUGAACAACAGCGUGCCUCCCGGGUCCGUGGGCAUCCCCAAGCAUAGCACGGUGGUGGAGCGGCUCAGGCAGAGGAUAGAGGGCUGCAGGCGGCAUCAUGUCACCUGCGAGACCCGGUACCAGCAAGCGCACGCCGAACAGCUGGAGAUAGAGCGGAGAGAGACCGUGAGCCUCUACCAGCGCAGCCUGGAGCAGAGAGCCAAGAAGAGCGCACCGGGGAGCACCAAGCAACCCCAGAGCAAGCAGCUAGAGUCGGACUCCGCUGUGUGCAUGGAGCAGAGGAAUAACACCCUGAUAGCGAGCAGAGCAAGAGUGUUCAGUCUGUUCAGUAACCCUUUUAUAACGGGCAUGUAUAAAACCAGCAGUCUUCACUCACUGUUGAAGAUCAGCCCCUCUCACACUGGCAACCCUCACCCAGAGUAA